AGCGAGCUGCCUCGAGGUCAUCAUUUUCACAUUGGACUUACGAUGCGCAUGCUCGCAACGUACUUUGCGCUGCUGGCGACGACGGUCGCCGUCGUCUCGGCUGCCACGUCGACGUGUUCGGCGAUUAUUGAAAACACGGAUCUGCCCGGGAAUGACCUCAGCACGACGGCUCGCCCGACCGCCGACGGUUGCUGCGCCGACUGUGUCGCCACGCAAGGCUGCAAGGCCUACGUGUGGGUCGCUCGUAACGGCGGCGUCUGCCUCCUCAAGAGCGGCGCUAGCUUUAGCUCCCCGUACACCGGCGCCCGCGCGUCGAUUCUGACGCCGCCGCUCACAGGCUCGUGCCCCGUGACGGAAGCCAACACGGACUAUCCUGGCAACGACCUCGGCCGGACUCAGCGCGCAUCGAUUGGCCUCUGCUGCAACGACUGCGAGGCGACACCGGGCUGCGCACGCUUUGUCUACUUUGGCGGCGACUGCAUCCUCAAGUCGGGUGGCGGCGCCAAGGGCACGUACCCCGGCGCGAUCGCGUCGAGCUUUGUGCCGGCCAAUUCGACGGCGGCUCCGACGCCCGCACCGACGCCGGCACCGGCGCCGGGGCCAACGGCGCCGCCGGGCACAUGCGCACCGAUCCUGGACAACACCGAUUACCCGGGGUUUGACAUUUCGCAGACGACGCAGGCGACGGCCGAAGCCUGCUGCGACGACUGCUACGCCAACCUCAACUGCAAGGCGUUUGUGUGGAACCCGGCAGGCUACUGCAUCCUCAAGAGCGGCAAGGGCGCGGUCUCUUCGUACCCGGGUGCCCGGGCGUCGACGAUCCCGUCGCGGAUCCCGCCGCCACCGACGAUGGUCGGCUGCAACCCGAUCGCCAACAACAUGGACAUUGAAGGCAACGACCUCACGUCGACGUUCCAGUCGGCGGCGGAAAGCUGCUGCGCCGACUGCACUGGCACGCCCGGCUGCCGUGCGUUUGUCUUCGACUCGGCGGGCGGCGUCUGCUACCUCAAGACGGCAGGCGGUACCUUGGUGCCGACGACGGGCAUGCAGGCGUCUGUGCUGCCGGUGGCCAACCCCGCGACGUGCGAUGCGCUCCCAAAGGACAUUGAUUACCCGGGCAACGACGUCGCUCAGACGUACCGCACCCAGUGGAGCGACUGCUGCCAAGACUGCGCCGACAACACCGACUGCACCGUGUACGUCUGGAGCACUGACGACGGCGGCACCUGCUACCUCAAGAACGCCAAGAGCCCGACCGUGUCGGCGCCCGGGUCCUUCGCCGGCGCGAUUGUCCGCAAGGUCAAGCCGCCGCCGGUGACACCGCCGUCGGCAGCGUCCAAGGUCGUUGCCGGUGCCUACGGCGCGUACCCGUCGCCGACGACAGCGUUCGCGUACGUCCCCAACUCGCAAUGGGUGCCGUUGACAGAAGAGGGCUCGGUCGGUGGCGUCGAUAUUUUUCAGAAGUUCCCGCUGCCGACCCCCGAAGAGAUGGAGGCGAUGCACGUGGCGACGCCCCAGCCGCUGCUCGAAGCGACGACCAACACGUACUACUUCCCGCUCGUGCAGUCGAUGGGCGAGUGCGCCGUCAUGUCGAGCAGCACGGGCUACAACUUCUUCACGUACGUGACGUCCACCCAGAUCUGCGUCGUCCACAACUUCAUGUCGGCCACGGUCUCGUACGCACUGCAUCCGUCGCAGCCCGCCAAGGUGCUCACGCAGGUCCCUUCCUCAGACUUUGUCCUUGGCACCAACACGUCAACGGCGUCCCUCGCAGCGUGCCAAGCGGCGUGCGGCAACCUCGCCACGUGUGCGACGGUGACCUUUGCGGGGACCACGUGUACCUACUUCGGCCCCGCAUCGUCCAAGGUCGGUGUCAUCGCGGGCUGGGUCCAUGACCCAAUCAAGUGGAAUGAAGUGCCUGGCUCGAUGCAGUAUGUCACCAUGACGCAGCGGACCGUGCCGCUGACGGGUGCGACAACUGCGGCUUCCAGCACCUCCAAGACGGUCGCCGCGUGCGCGUCUGCAGCCCUCAGCAAAAAGGUGUCGCUCUUCACGUUUGAUACGAGCGCGAGCGCGUGCUUGCUCGUGACGCUGCCAAAAGCAUCGGCCACAACGACCUUGUAUCUGUACAACUACCCGACGUCACCGCUUGUUCUUGCGGGCCAAGCGCUGCCGGCCGGUGCGACGACGACAGUCGCGGCGACCUCUGGCACCGAGUGCCAAAAGCUCUGCGUGCCGUCGAGCUCGGGCUGCAUCGGUGCGGCGUUCGACACGGCGAGCAAGAGCUGCGUCCUCUACCUGGCCACGUACGCAGCCUCGACGACGGUCGGGUGGGUCGUGCCCACGACGCUACCUACGGCGGUGGCGGCGCCGACGUCUGUGGACCUUUAUAUCAAUGCGCACCAGGACGACCACGAACUCUUCAUGUCGGCCAAGCUCUACGACAGCUUCCGCAACCCGAGCGCCAAGAUCGUCAUGAUCUACACCUCGGCGGGCGACGCCGGAGCGACCAACGGCUGGUGGCAGGCGCGCGAGCUCGGCACGUUGGCGUCGGCGCAGACGUUCGUCAAGCUCUUUGGCCUGUACUCGCCUGUCCGGACCUCGACGACCGUCACGGUCAACGGCCACGUCAUCACCAAGGUUGUCAUGGGCAACGCGAUCCACUACUUUUUGCGGCUUCCCGAGGGCGGUAUGACCUCGCUGCCGACCAAGAAGACGUCGCCCGUCGACAAGUCGAGUGAGUCGUAUGCCAACGUCGCCGCGCUCCGAACGACGGUCAUGGCGAUCGUCAAGCUCGAAGCCAAGGGUUUCAGCAACGUCGUGGUCAAUUCGCAGCAGUUUGCCGACGUCGACCACGUGCUCCACGCGAUGACCGGGCAGCUCGUCAGUGACGGGCUAACGGCCGACGCGACGCUCAACAAGUGCGUGACGCGCAACUUCUUCUGGGGCUACCAGCACUGGCUCGACUCGAUCAACAUGGUCGACCCGAGCUUGACCGAGCAGCGCAACAUUUGGUGGGCACUCCAUAGCGCGAUCGUCAAGCAGUACCCCGGCAGCUCGCCGUGGUACGACCACGUCCAAGCGCUCGGUCGGCAGUACCUCGCGUCGACCGUUGCGGGCACUGGCACGUGCUAAUCAACAGUAUGCACGUCGUAAUUCAUACUCUAAUUGACAAUGUGUGCGUUUUAUCUUAAAGUUAGGAAUGAAGGCAUGAGCCAGCUCAUAUUCCUCAUCG